UAGGGGAAUAUGUGGGUCAGCUACAGCAUAAAAGCAAAGAGAACCUCUAAAGCUUGCAUUAAGAUAGCGUAAAGAAACCAAAAAUCCAUGCCACCAACCAAUUAGACAUAUCUUGUAGCUGAAGGAGCUUGAUUCAGGUAUAAAUAUUGAGCUCAUAUCGUGCUCACCGCCAAUCUUUUUCCUGUGAGAAGGAAUGUGAUUCUUCAAGUCAAGAUCAUUUCUAAUAGGAUUAGCAUUAGCAUUUUUGUCCAUAGCGUAUUGCAAACUUUUUGUCGUAGGCCGACGAUCAAAGGGAAGUGAGCAGGGGGUAACAAGAAGGAUGAAGAUACUCACAAAAAAAAAAAGAAUGAUGAAGUGCUCAGUUAAAAAGGAAGUCGAUUUGCUUGAUUGAAUGAACCAAAUCCAAAAGCAUGGACAGGUCCAGCGAAGGCCAGCAAUUAAAGGCAAAGCUGCUCUCAGUGUGGCCAGAUCUAGCCUAUAUAUACGCUGCCACUACUGCAGUCAGCAACCACACACACAAGAACUCAAGUAUCGCAGAUUAGCUGUCUUCCAGUUGCAGACGUUUCAGCUCAGGAGCGAGUGUUCAGUCUGCAGAGCCAGGGGUUUACGCUCAUCCAUGGCUGCUGCGCGCAGCAGCCAUCGGUUUCUCCACUCCAUGCUCUCACUGCUCGUUGCGCUGGCCACGCUGGUGGCCGCCGCUCGGGCUCAGCUGUUGCCGACGUUCUACGGCUCGUCGUGCCCCGCCGCGCUCGUCACCAUCAAGACCGCCGCGAGGGCGGCCGUGCUGCUGGACCGGCGCACGGCCGGGUCCCUGCUCCGGCUCCACUUCCACGACUGCUUCGUGCAGGGUUGCGACGCGUCCGUUCUGCUCGACGACACGGGCAACUUCACCGGCGAGAAGGGCGCGGGCCCGAACGCGGGGUCGCUGAGGGGGUUCGGCGUCAUCGACACCAUCAAGGCCUUGCUGGAGGCGCUGUGCCCGCGCACCGUGUCGUGCGCCGACAUCCUCGCCGUCGCCGCCCGUGACUCUGUCGUCGCGCUUGGAGGGCCAUCGUGGACGGUGCCGCUCGGCAGGAGGGACUCCACCACGGCGAGCCUCUCCACCGCCAACACCGACCUCCCCUCGCCGGCGUCCAGCCUGAGCACCCUGAUCGCCGCAUUCGCCAGGAAAGGCCUGAGCAGCACCGACAUGGUCGCUCUGUCUGGAGCCCACACGAUGGGGCAGGCGCAGUGUCAGAACUACCGGGCCAGGAUCUACAACGACACCGACAUCGACGCCACCUUCGCGGCGUCGCUGAGGGCCGGCUGCCCGGCGACCGGCGGCGGGGGCGGGGGCGCGCCGCUCGACGCGUCCACGCCGAACGCGUUCGACAACGCGUACUAUGGCAACUUGGUCGCGCAGCGGGGGCUGCUGCACUCCGACCAGGAGCUGUUCAACGGCGGCUCGACGGACGGCCUGGUCAGGAGCUACGCGGCCAGCCCGGCGCGGUUCAGUAGCGACUUCGCGGCGGCCAUGGUGAGGAUGGGCGGCAUUGGCGUCCUGACAGGGAGCAGCGGGCAGAUCCGGCGCAACUGCCGGAGAGUGAACUAGCUAGCUGAAAACGUUCGCAGAACACGGCAUUUGCAUCCGAGUAUCAUCAACUGCAAAUUUUGGCUGGGGGUGUGCGUGCAGUUCUUUUUUAAUUUUAUUUUACCGUAUGAUAAUUGAACUGCAAAUUUCUGUGAAAUUCUUUCCCUCCAAAGGGAGGGGGCA